AUGGCUUCCAUUUGGAACAUGCAGUGCGCGCGCCGCCGCCGAAUCCAUAUUGAAGCGCAAGUGCAGCGGACACCGUUUUCUUCCUGUCUAUUAUAUUGGACGGCAUUACUGUUUUUCGUGAGCGCUGCAGCAUUACCUAAGGGUACCCCUCUUUCCGUCCUCGAGGCCCGUGCCACAGAAUCCAACUGUGCUCCCCCAGCGCAAAGCGUGAGGACCAAAUGCGCGUGCGAUGCAAACGCCGCCGCACUAGAUCUCGAGGCAACGAUUUCGGAAGGGACGAACGAGCUGGAAAUCCACUGCAAAGCCAACCUAAGCUAUUCACCCGAAGGACUAGAGGGUUCGAAGGUCUGUUCAGCAAACUUUGCCGACCUCGCCCAGUGCAAGUUAAAGAGUGACAAGUCUGGCUGUAUUGACGUCAACACACUCCUGCUCUCAACCUCGCCCCCGGUAAAUUGGCAACCGAGUACGAACGUCCCCGGAGGCGAUCAGCCAAAAGUCCUCAGCGUCCCAAAAGAAAAGCUUCCGUAUAUCGAUGGACAAUUCAUCGUCGGAUGCAGCGACAGCAAAGGCAGCACAACGAAAUGCAAGGUAGCUGUGACGGUCGCUGCCAGAGCUACGGAGACUAAGGAUCAGCAGGUGACCUGUUCCUACGGCAAGGACAGUAACAAGAAGCACCAAACCAUCACGCUGAGUCCCUCACAGAACAGCUUCACUCUUGUAUGCGGUGAGAAAGGAGAGAUUGUGCAGACGAACUACAAAAAAACGUACUGCGAUGUGAGUGAGGAGAACGCGGCAGUCAAGGAUUGCCAUGGCAAAUACAAGGACAUUCUCCCGGGUUACGAAGAAGCUUGGUGGACUGAUGGAGAAGAGAAGUCCUUCACUUUCACGAUUCCGGAGGACAAGUUUCCCAUGGCCGGAGCGAAGAUGAUGGUUCAGUGCCAGAAAGCGGAGGAGAAGCAGGUGAAAGAUCCCACCGCUCCUGCACCUCAACCCAGCGUGUGCAGCGUGGACGUGAUCAUCGAAAGCGCUGGCGUUCCGAGCUCGGCGUCUGUUCCAUUUGUUUCCGGUCUGUGUAACAUGAUAGUGCUGGCAUGUUCUGAGCUGAUAUGGCGGUCGUCUCAUUUGAUCGGUUUGUAA